AAUAUUUUUUUAAAAAGAAUAAUCAAUAUUUAUCUCUAUAACAGAACAUUUCUUGGAAACACGUGUAUUUAGCAACACUCUUGUAUAAAUUCUCUAAUUGUGAAAAAACAUAAGUAUCAUAAAAUGUCAGAUUUAUUUAAUAAUUCUACUACUAGUACUAAUGUGUCAAAUACAGAACUGGAAGAAUUUCUUAUGGCAGAAAAGCAAAAGGCGCAGUUUAAUUCACAGAUUCAGGAAUUUAGUGAUCUCUGCUGGGAAAAAUGUAUGGACCGACCUGGUAAUAAACUAGAUGUUAAAACACAAACGUGCCUACAAAAUUGUGUGAAUAGAUUUAUUGAUGUUUCAUUAGUAAUUACUAACCGAUUUUCUCAAAUGUUAAUGGGUGCUAAAUAAAAUUAAAUAAAUUGACUGUUAAAA